ACCCCGACUUUAUUAGAUUCCGUGCUGAGGUCCUGCUUACCAGUGAUGAUGAUGCUGCGCCUCUGUGAGGACGCUCGGGUUGUGCGCCAGCGGAGCGGCUGGAUCAUGGCAUCUCGGUGACAUUUUUUUUUACGAACAGAGGAGCCAGAAAGGACCGGGACACAAGUCCUGAGACGCACGGAGUGAAGCAGCGGUGCAGAGAUCGUUUUUAUCCCUAAGAAAAGGCGCGUUUGGCAACAUUUCUGGCUUCGCGCGCAGGGCUGGGGCGCGAGCUUAACUUGAAGUUUUUUCCGACAGGACUGAGUAGACGCUCUGCCAUCUGUCUUUAUUUACUACAUAAGAAAAGACUAAUAUCUUCCUAUACAUAAAUGUUGCUUUUCUUAUUUAAUAUCAACGAUUCUGAUUCGUUUUUUUCUAGGACAGGCAGGCGGACGCGCGACUCUGAACAAGGGCGCACAGACAUUGCACAAGUGCCGAGAUAAUCUUCUCUAAACUGUUUUCUAUAUGCAAUUCCAGCUCGCUGUAAUCGAUUGUCAAUGUGCCAAAUCAGAUCAUUAUAAUGUAAUUUAUCCAAUUUCAACGCCAAUUGGCAAUGCUGUGAUGCAAAAGGGGAUCAAACUUCGUGCGCAAAAGACGCAUUUGUUCUUUCUUUUUUUGGUCUUUUUGGUUCUGUUGUAAAUCUGCAAAGGCUGACGCAGAGCAGUUACCCUCGAAUCAUCAAUUCUGUUCCUGGAUUAAACACAGUUGCUUUGUGCCAUGUCCUUUUAAUUGAAAAGCGUCUAUGCGCGUCUUGACGCACAGCCUCGGACUGUUUUGUUGUUGAAAUGGACUUGGAAGACUUGGCGUGGAGGAUGCAAGGGAGCUAAUGUUUGGAAGCAACACAGAGAGAAGACGACAACAACUGAGCCUCCUGGAAAGCUAACCCCAGCAUGGCUUCGGGUCCAGACAUUGGUUGCUCUCUGGAGCUGAGCGGCUGGAACAGCAGCACGAGCAGCUCCGGAGCCUCCAUCCCCUGCAACCAGAGCAUCCUGAAGCUCGCCCCUUACUCCCCUGAAGCUACGGCGGCCUUCGCCACCGCCAUCACCCUGAUGGCCGCCUUCACCAUCGUGGGAAACAUCAUGGUUAUCAUUGCCGUCCUGACCAGCCGCUCCCUCCGAGGUCCCCAGAAUCUCUUCUUAGUGUCUCUGGCUGCUGCAGACAUUUUAGUGGCCACACUUGUCAUCCCCUUCUCCCUGGCCAAUGAGCUGCUGGGCUACUGGUACUUUAAGUCUCUGUGGUGUGAGAUCUACCUGGCACUGGAUGUGCUCUUCUGCACCUCCUCCAUUGUGCACCUGUGUGCUAUCUCUCUGGACCGCUACCUGUCCAUCUCCAGGGUCACCUAUGGGCGUCAGCGGACACCCAAACGCAUCAAAGCCGCCAUAGUGGUGGUGUGGCUCAUCUCUGCCAUCAUCUCCUUCCCUCCACUGCUCUCCCUGAACAAAAGCGAGGGAGGAGACCCAGGCAGUGAGCGAGGACCUCAAUGCCAGCUCAAUGAUGAGCGUUGGUACAUCCUUUACUCCACCAUCGGCUCCUUCUUCGCCCCCUGCCUCAUCAUGAUCCUGGUCUACGUCAGAAUCUACCAAAUCGCCAAGCAGCGAACCCGCUGCCCUCCAGGGGAGCCAAGGAAGGAUGGGGUUGGCUCUUCCACUCCAAGUCAGCCACCGAAACACGUACAAGCCAACGGUAAGGAUGAAGAAGAGAGCACACCCCCAUCAUUAAACAAACACUCAAACGACAGACCCCCCACCCUCGCCAUCACUGCCAAUUCUGCCCCAGAAGAGACCCCAACUUCCCAGAAUCCCAACAACCUCCUGCAGCCUCCAUCCCCUUCUCUGCCCAUGACUCCUGUCACAACCUCCCUGAACCCGUCUCCUCAUGCCCCAUCAACCCCCUCCUCUGUGCCUCCUUCUGCCCCCGCCAAGACUAAGAAAGAGAAGAAGAAGAAGGCCAAGCAGGGAAAGAAAAAAGCUGACAAUAACAACGGCGACAGCUCGAGCACAGACAGUGACAUGGAGCACAGUCACGGAGGAGGCCAAGGCAGCACCAGCAUGCCAGGGUCACCCGCAGGAGGGGGGAUCCACUCCCCAGCUUCAGUCAAGCGCUACCGGGACAUGAUGGCCACUUCAAAGGGGUCUCGACUAGUGCCAGGGAGGAAGUCAAAAACAGAUAACAACCCCGGGGCGGCGAGGCGGAAAGCGAUGGUGAACAGAGAGAAGCGUUUCACCUUUGUGCUGGCUGUGGUUAUCGGGGUCUUUGUGGUGUGCUGGUUCCCCUUCUUCUUCUCUUACUCUCUGCAGGCAGUGUGCCCAGAAACCUGCGCCAUUCCUGAUCCGCUCUUUAAGUUCUUCUUCUGGAUCGGGUACUGCAACUCCUCACUCAACCCAGUCAUAUACACCAUCUUCAACAAAGACUUCAGGAAGGCCUUCAAGAAGAUUCUCUGCAGGAGCACCAAGGGGACUUUCUUUUAGCUUAUUACUAUCAAAAAAAUAAUUAUUUAUAAGGCAUAAAUUAGGAAAAAUAAUUUUCACAACACUCAAAGGGCUCUUUUAAAAAGAAACACUGACCAGUGAAAAUUUCAGCAUAAUAUUCAUAAGUGAGAGCCUCUCUUUUACAGCCUCAGUGUGAGCAAACUGAAAACUAGGAAUGUGAUUCUCAACCUUCAGCUGACACUCUCUCAUUCUCAGACAUUUUUACCAGAUUGGGGGUCAAAAUAGGACAUGAAAUAGACGCAAUGUGGGACAUUAAAUGGUUCAGAACAGUCUUAUCUCUUCUGCUGAUACCAUUUUAAAUCAAGUGUUAUCUCUUUCUUACUCUGAAUAAUGGAAAAAUGCUGCUGGUGGUGCAGAAUAUCUAAAAAAAUGUCCUUGAGGAAAGAAGUUAGAACAAUGCAAUGACAAAAAUGAAGUGUAAAAUGUUAUAUAUAAGAUUUUAAAGUUAUUAAAGACUCUAGGACUGAUAGGGGAAGAAAACUGGUUUAAAAAAACAAGAAGGAAAUGCAACCUUUGAUCCAAUGAGCCCAGGGCCUUUACUUAUCUAAAAAGAGCACAAGAAGCACACAAGGUUGGUGGUGAUUUCUUACGUCUGCAGUCUUAAUUUGCCCCGGCUGCAGGGCAAACAUGUGUUUCUCGAUUUUUAUCUGAAAAAGCGCAACUACAAGAGAAGGUUUUCUGACAAUCUCAAAUGUGAUAGCACAGACAAGGGCGCCCUUUCAAACUGAACUUUUCAUGUGGAACGCUCCCCACGUCAGACACCUCGCUCUCUGCUUGGAGCGGGUCACAAGGGACACUCAGGUUGUUUGUUAUGAGACGCUGGGACUUUUAUGAAACAUAAAAGGAGCUAGGGGAUUUUGGACUUAAAAGCACAUCACAUAUAUGAUUUCAGAUGAUUUCAGGCCUGUUGUAAAUGGACUUGACUUGUGCUCCAGUAUUUGGACCUUUUAGCAACAAUUAAUCUUGUUUUAGCUUCACUUACAGUGCUUAAUGGGAGGCGCAUAAAGAAGACUGACCUGAUUUAAUAUGUGAACAUUAUUUUCCUGAAACUCUGCUCCAGAAAUACCUAGAAGGUCGACAUUUACAUUGACUUUAAAGGACAGAUGUGUAAUGUUACCCCUUAUUAGGCUAAUACAUGGCUCUUUUUUCUGAGAAUCAUUAGUCUGAGUCACUCUUCACAGACGCCUCCGGCAUAUCCUCGCCUGCGGUGGACCCUCUACACGGCACAUUUGGGUUUGUCUCUGAGAGACGAGAGAAUGAAUAGCACAUUUAUUUUUCUCACCAAGAGACUCUAUGGGACAAAGAGAGGAAAGAAAAUGUGUCUGUAACUGUGAACACUGCAAAGGCUUUUCUGACUCAAUGGGACAAGGGCUGUCAGCAGCUACUCUUCAGUAGGCUAAUUGUCUAUUUCUGCUGACCUUUGUGACUGUGUGUGUGUGAGAGAGAGUGUGAGGGUGUAUGUGAUGUGUGUGUUAUUUGAAUGUUUUAUUUUUCUGUAGGACGUGUCUAUUCCUGCUGUGUACUACAGAUCUACUGUAAUGUUGAUGAGAAUAGAGAGCAAAUCUUUGGGUACAGGCAUCACUUCUCUGUCUGUCAUAUGAAUGCCUACUAGAAAGAGAAGUAUUAUUCUGUGUUGACAGUCUUAUAGACCUUAAAGUCUGUGUUAAUCAGUAAUAUUUAGUACAUGGCUUUUUAUUGAUUAUCCUCAAGGGACCAAAGAGCCUUACGUUGCGUGUUUCCACCAAGUGGUCUGGUUUAUAUCAGUUUAGUUUGGGGCGGUAAACCCCCAUCUUGCUUGCGAAUCCACAGCUAACCCUACCCUUACUUGGUGUAAGCAAUAUGGGGUGUGGCAAGAGUUGCAGCAGCUACUUAAGGGAUAUUCCAGUGUUUUUGAAGUUGGGCUGUGUGAGGUAUGCGGCAGUAGUAGUGGUGCAAGCCUACAGGGAUUUCAGUGAGCAUUGCUCUUUUAAAGAUGCAGCGUUUUAAACUGAGGUAUACUAGCAACAUCAAACAGUCUGUGAUUGCGACGCUCUGGUAGUAACUGUGUUAACCAGUGGAAUUUUAAAAAGUAGGUUUCUGUAUCUGCUCCCUUCAGUGGUACUAUAGAAAUGAAAAAAAACCCAAGAUGGCAGAGUCUGUGGAGGGUAUGAAUUAAGGGUUUAUUUUAAGUUAAUAAAACUAAAACCAGGCUCUGCAUCUUUAAGAAGGACUCGCUGGUUGUACCUGCGGUAAGCUAGGCUAUAAAGUGUUGCAGCUGGUUACAGUUUCAAUGUGAAAUUUAGUGAGUUUUUGAUAAAAAUGGAGAGGCAUCUGGCUGCAGACCUUGAGCAAACCUCUACACUGGGUCAUGCAGCUGGAGACCUGCACGCUGGGGCAGACCUCUCCGCUGGGGCAUGACGUACAUUGCCCGAGCCGUGGACCUCUAUGCUGGGGUGUGACAUAUAUUCCCCACGACGGAUUUUCUGCACUGGCCACUUGCCCCCCUGGCUUACCCUAAAUCUAAGCACUUGGGUUUUAAUGCCUAAACCGAACCACUCGAGGUUAAACGCCUAAACCGAACCACUCAGGUUUUAAUAGUGUAGGGGUCGGGGUGUGCCGCUGCACGCCCAAGUGUAGACGCCCCAGCGUAGACGCCCCAGCGUAUGGGGCUAUGCCAAGGUCUAGUAAGCACAGUGGUGUAGUCAUGCUAACAACAGCUAACACGCUGCAUGCCCCAGCAUAGAGGUCUCCGCCUGAGCGUAGAGGUUUUGUCAAGGUCUGCAGCCAGACCCUUUUGUAAAAAUAGGCCACCAAACAACGUUGGCACAAACAUACACACUAUUGAAAACUUUUAAAGCAUUUUAAAUUUGACCUAGAACAUGCUUUUGCAUUGCAAAAUAGUGACAAAAACACAAAGGCAUUCUGGGCAUACAAUAAAAUGCUUCCAAAUUUUUAAUAGUGUGUAUGUUUGAGCAAACAUUGUUUUGAGUCCCACUUUUCCCUAAAACCUUGCUAAAUUCUGCAGAGAAACUGUACCCAUCUACUAUGCUGUAUAGCCUAUAUUCCUGGCAGGAACAACCGGCGAGUCCUUAAUUAAUGCCAUUACUACAUACCUCAUAUGGCCCAACCUACAAAAUACUGAAAUGUCCCUUUAACUGUGGGACAUUAUAGCAAUGCAAGCCUGCCAAUAAGUUAAAAGAACGUGACACUCUAAUUAAAGGGCAUCCUGCAUUUUUAAAAAUCUUUUAAUUGGCAUGAAAACAACAAAAACAGCCCUGAAAUCAGGAUAUCCUAAGGAAAGUGAUGGCCAAUCAGCACACAGCCGUGCGUCUUGCACCACUUUUUAGGAUUGGACUGUGGAUGAGUUAUUUUGGUACCUUUCCAACCUUUUGGCAGUAAAACACAAAUAAUUGAGCGCCAUGGCAAACCAGACUGCUUAGUGAAAACCCGGCUUUACAGGACACCAGCCUGACUCAGUGAUAUCCGGCUCUGUGUUUCUUUAAAUGAACUUUAUAUUUGGUGUUUGUGACAGGAGAGGCAAAGAUUGAAAACAAUGUAUUAUUAUUUAUUUCAAACCUUUUUUUUGUGUGUGUCUAUUUAUUUCCAUGCUUUUUAUUCUUGAAGUGGAACUGAUCAAAGAGCGAGAACUCUGUACAGGUUUGUAAUAUCUUUAAGAAGUUGCUGUGUGAGAUUGAGCUACAUUUGGGCUUGAGGGGAGGGCACGAUCUGUGUCAAUGUGAAAGCACACAAACUCAGUUUUUGUGCAUAAUGCAGAAACUACAAUGCAACAUUUAUCAUCAUUGUUUCAUCUAGAUAUAGUCGAGAAAAAUGCUCAAUCAAGCAUAUUCAUGGAUGUAGAAUUUAUCAAGCAUUCUGCAGCAGGAAAAAGUCACAGAACAUGAAAAUGCCUGAAGCCAGUUUCAGCUGGAUGAUUUGCAGGCUUUUGCAGAACAUUAAGGCUUCAAUCCAUACCAUGCAGAUCCAAAUAAGAAGAAAAUCACUGAGUGCAAGCUGCUUGUACUCAAACAUCUCCUCCAUGCCCUUGUCUGAAAAUUUUCUCUCUGGAAACACAAACAGCUUUAGCAAAGUAAUUAUAACAAAAAUAGCCACACAGGUCAUGGAAUCAUGGCUGUGUUCAAUAAAUAUAAUGCUGAUAAAAAGAAGCCCCAAAGCAUUGCUUUAUGUGGUGAGACUGCUGCUGUGUUUAUUUUAAAGAAGUUUGAUUCAUGGCUUAAAGGUGACAGGUGCAGAAAUCCGCCUCUUGAUCACCAUCUUUUCCCUUGAAAGCGCCUGUUAUUGUCUCUUCUUCUACUAUGUUUGGACCAAACUGUGCGGUCUAAGCUUUACAAUCAUCUAUCCCCAUCUGUCAUCAUCCCUCUCCAGUUUGGAAAUAAAGCUGCUUGAAAAUGCA